AUGAAUAAUCAGCACAAACUGGCUUUUUUCUAUUGGUCUGGACUCACUCUGUUGUCUUUUGCUAGUGGUUGCAUUGAUGCAGAAAGAAGAGCUCUCUUAGAUAUCAAGUCAUUGCUUAUCAACCCUUCGAAUAGACUAAACUCAUGGCACGGUGAUGAAUGCUGCAGAUGGAAAGGAAUCAGAUGUUCGAACUUGGGAAAUGUUGUGUCACUUGACCUCAGGAAUCCUAAUCCAGAGGAGUUCUUGGUGAACCUCAAUUCGGAACGUAUUCCAGCAUCUUCGAAUGCAAAUCAGACUGCCCUUCAAGGUACAAUUUCUGGAUCAUUGUUCAUGUUAAACCAACUUCACUACCUUGACCUCAGUUUUAAUGAUUUUAAGUCUUCUAAAUUACCAUCUGGAUUGUCGAAUCUGACAAGGCUAACGUACCUUAAUCUGUCGAAUGCUAUGUUUCAAGAUUCCAUCACAACACAAUUUGCCAAUCUUUAUUCAUUAACACAGCUUGACUUGUCCUGUUCUAUUGAGAUUAGUGACUCUUCCACUAUUUCUGUGAGCUUGACAUCAUCGUCGAGGAUCAGUUCUGGUUCGGUGUAUUCGUAUAGUCCUAAAGGCAAUCUGUACUCCUCGAAUCUGAACUGGCUACUAGGACUCACCAAUCUCCAGGAACUAAGAUUAACUGGCAUUGAUCUCUCUGAGGCUUCUCAAUCGACUGGAUGGGCUGAACCGAUAUCGUCUCUUUUUAACUUGAGUACACUUUACUUGUCUAACUGUAGAUUGUCUGGAAGAAUCCCUAUAGAUCAGCUUCUUGGUCUGACCCAUCUGCAUUCUUUGAUUAUGGAUUCCAACAAUAUUUCCUAUCAAAUACCAGACCAGUUGGCAAAUAUGACUUCCCUUUCGGAACUUGAUUUAAGAAACUGUAAUUUGCUUGGUUCAAUCCCUUACCUUCCUCAGCUCAAGGGAUUGUAUUUGGGGUACAAUUAUGGUUUAAGCAUUGAUCUUAGUUCCAUGUUUUCUGUCCCCUGGUCAAGAUUGGAGAGGCUGGAUAUACAAUUUGCACAAGUAGGUGGAUCAAUCCCGGAUUCCUUUGCCAACACAACUACGUUGGUUUCGUUUGUAGCAAAUAAUUGCUCAAUUCAAGGAUCUCUGCCUUUGUCAAUUACCAAUCUUUCGAGGUUGGAAAUAUUACAGCUCAAUGACAACAACAUAAGAGGUCAUCUUCCUACAACAUUGUCUGAUAUGAAGAGCCUUUGGUUGUUGUCUUUGUCACAAAAUUUUUUAAGUGGAUCCAUUCCUGAAACAAUUUGUGAUAUGCACUCUCUUAGCUAUUUAAAUUUGUACUACAAUCAGCUGACUGGAGGCUUACCUGAAUGCAUUGGCUCUCUUCCAAACCUAUCCUUCCUUUUCCUUGCCCGCAAUUAUCUGACUGGAAGUGUCUUCAUCUCUUCGUUUAGAAGUUCUGAGCUACGAUACAUAGGUCUAGGAUUCAAUGCAUUGUCAGUGAAGAUUGAUGAUUAUUCUUCUGAACUCAACUUUAAUUUUCAAGUAUUAGAACUUGCAUCUUGUAAUAUGGGAGGCGGGAUCCCAAAUUUCAUCGGCAAUCUAACUGAGCUUUUAUAUCUGGAUCUGGUUAACAACAGUCUAUCAGGACCUAUCCCUUCUUGGUUAUUCAAACUACCAUUGCUUUCUACCUUGGAUCUUUCGGAGAAUAACCUUCAAGGUUCUAUCCCAUCACGUAUCCAAUUGCACUCCUCUAUUUUUCCAAGAUUACUAAAUUUAGCAAACAACAAGCUUCAAGGGGCCAUUCCUUCACAACUUGAAAAUGUUGAAGUCAUUAACUUAUCAGGUAAUAGUUUCAGUGGCCUUGUACCAACACAGAUCGGAGAACUAUCUAGUAUAAGGUACAUAUCAUUUGCUGGAAACAAACUAUAUGGUCAGAUUCCACCAUCUUUUGGUAAAGAAGUUAAUGCUCUAGAGGUCCUUGAUCUCUCUAACAACAGUUUGUCAGGAAGGAUACCACCAAGUUUAGGAAACUGUUCGUCUCUUGUUUUUCUUAGCCUCGGAGGAAACAAUCUUGAUGGCAACAUUCCAACUGAACUCGAAGGUGCAAAACAUCUAAAGUACUUGGAUUUGAGUGGCAAUGAUUUCACUGGGACAUUUCCAAAUGUUAUCCGUAAAUUUCUUUCCCUGGAGGGUCUGAAACUGGAAAAGAAUAGAUUUGAAGGCCAGAUACCAAAGUUCAUAGGUGAACUCUACAAUCUACGCCUCCUUGUUCUGGGGUCAAACAUGUUCAGUGGACCAAUUCCUCAAGAGAUACUGAACUUGGAGAAGUUACAAUAUAUAGGUUUGUCAAAUAAUAGUCUAUCUGGUCCUAUUCCUGAGAAGCUUGAAAAUUUGAAGACGCUAACUGUCAGACCUACAGAUGGAACCAUUCUGGGCUUUCUGAUUUCAGCUGCUUUUGUUGGUGUUGAAUUGGAUAUAGUAACAAAAGGAUCAUCAUAUCAGCUUGAUUUGGUGUACUCAUACCACAGUGGGAUAGAUCUUUCACUCAAUGCUCUGACAGGAUCAAUUCCGAACGAGAUUGGCCUUCUACAAGGUCUUUCUAUGCUGAAUCUUUCCCACAAUUACCUGUCAGGUGAGAUUCCAAGGAGUAUAGGGAAGAUGAGUGGUCUGGAAUCUUUAGAUCUUAGUUUCAACACACUAAGUGGUGAGGUGCCACAGACAUUAGCAAAUCUUGAUUUUCUUAGUGUUCUGAAUUUAUCAUACAAUAACUUGAGUGGAAAAGUUCCAGUGGCGCCACAUUUGGAUACACUUGAUAGAAAUGGAUUUAACGGAAAUCAAUUUCUCUGUGGUGCUCAGGAUGUAAAGAUUUCAUGCAACAACAAUGACUAUCCUACUAUAGAAACAAACAAUGAAGACAGUGAUGCUGAAGAAAACUUAUUACUGUUUGGCAUUAUAGCAAUGGGAUAUGGUUGUGGCUUGUCUGUAUUCUUUCUGAUAUUGUUUAACAUGACGGGUAAAUGGAAGGAGAUGUAUUGCAGGUUCACUGACACAGUUGUAUUACGAAUCAUUGAGUAUCUACAGGGAGACAGAAAGAGAGUAUCUGCUUCCUGGUAA